AUGAUAGGCAUCCCAUCAUCCAAAAAGACCCACCAGCAAGCAUCAUCUCUUGGAAUCCCUCUUUUUCGGAUCUCGACUCUCAUCCCACCCUCGACCUCGCAAUCGACGGCGCCGACGAGAUCGACCAGAUCUCAAUCUAGUGAAAGGCCGAGGGCGUACGAUUAG